AUGUCCAGCACUAGCAACAACGAUCCCAGCGAGCCUGAAUAUGUCUCCAAGCUAGCCCGCAUCUCCAAAGAGCAAUGUCAACAAGUCCUCACUGUGGGGCAUGGAGGUGACUACAAGGAGACACUAGAAAUUAAUGCUGUCAAGGACAAGGAGAUCGAGGCGCUGAAGAAGAAGAGGCGAGGGUUAGAGGGGAGGAUAAGAAGCGCUGUGGAUGUGCUUAGGAAGUGA